AUGGCGUUUAUUCGACCGUAUAAGCCCUCUGACUUUGAGGGCAUGUCCCACAUUUGCCGCGAAACGCUCAACCCUGCCCUCCGUCCGUCUGUCGCAGGCCGUCGCCUCGCCCCCUAUUGCUGGACUCACCAGUACACGCACCUCUCGCCGACGACAUGCUUUGUGCUCGAUGACGGCUCCGGCAGGCCUGUGGGCUACUGUAUCGGGUGUCCUGACAUUCCCGCCUUCGUGGCCGCCUACGACUCGUACACCAAGGAGGUGCUGGACGUCUCGCCCGAGAUAACGCGGCCGGAGGAUCUGGAGCUCAAGGAGCCGCUGUUCUAUGAGGAUGGCAGCAUCAAUGAGGUGUUUCUUUCGAGGUUGGCGUAUAACCCGCAGUUGCUGCUGAUCGAUGGCAACGCGGACUUGUUGGCGGAGUACAAGGCGACGAUGCACAUUGAUUUGCUGGACGAGUUCCAGGGCAAGGGCUGGGGGAAGCAGCUCAUUAACAGCUUCGUGGAGAGCAUCAGGAACGUUCCGCAGAAGGACGGGAGUGUGAGCAAGGGCAUCUGGAUCGGCGUGGCGGGGGAUAACGGCAAAGUGCUGCCUUUCUACGAGAAGCAGGGCUUCAAGCUCAAGGGGCGGCCUGUGGAGGGCAAGACCUUUUUCUUGGUUAGGGAAUUUUAA